UGCGUGUCUGCGUGCGUGCGUGUUUGUGUGUGUGUGUGUGUCUGUUGAGGGCGCCACGUCGGCAGAACCAGCAGGCUGAAAAGAGAGCUGCGUAGCUCAGCCUCACGCCGAGAGAGAAGCCCCGCAGACGCGGUUCGUUUUGACGUUAGUUUUUAAUGCGAUAGGACGAGGACGAGGAAGAGGAAGAAGAGGAGGAGGAGGAGGAAGAAGAAGAGGAAGGUUGCAGUGACCGAGAGACAAACCGCAGCGUUUGAGAGCACAGUUCUGUUUCGGGGGCUCAACGCUGUCUCAAGUUUCCCUGCCAGGUGUGUUGGAGGCAGCAGGCUGUGGGAACAAUGGUGAAGAAUGUGAACAGCGCCAUCGCGGAGCCGCAGCCGGGGACCAGCAUGGCCCCGGACGAGGCCGAACCCGCCGACAACCAGCCCCCCGAGGAUUCCGGUAAGGACCACGUGGUGGCGGCGCCCGGCAUGAUGUGGCGGGUCACCGGCGGCCUCUUCAACGUCACCAAAGGAGUCGUGGGCGCCGCUGUGGGCGGGGUGGCCUGGGUGGGCGGCAAAAGCCUGGAGCUCACCAAGUCGGCCGUGACCACCGUGCCCGCCAUGGGGGUGGGGCUUGUGAAGGGCGGGGUCUCCGCCGUGGCCGGCGGCGUCUCCUCGGUGGGCUCGACUGUCGCCAGCAAAGUCCCGUUCACAUCCAAAAAGAAAGACAAGGCUGAGUGAAGAGGGGGGGGGGGGCGGGAGGAGGUUUGAUCAUGAUGAUGAUGAUGAUGAUGAUAAAGACCAACGAGGAGAGACUGUCAGCUGAUCUCAGUCUGCCAAUCAAACUCCACUGUGCCUUCUGAUGCCUACUCUCGGUCUUCAACAUGCGAUUCUUGCCACCGUUCAGAGAGCCGGACUUUGAUGCAAAUACACCACGUUCAGCACCGAAAGAUUCUCUAGUACUGCGUUACCACGGCAACCACGGUGCCACCACAUUGCCGACUCACCGAAACGCUUCAGAAAGAGUUGGUUGUCUGACUCUGGGAGGGGGGAGGGAGGGGGGGGUUCUACGUCUGGGAGUGAGCCCCCGGCUCUGGGCGGGCCAAACAAAGCUGGCUGAAUAUUUCUGUUUACAGUCCGGACUGAGGGUCUUCUCCUUCUCCUUCUCCUCAGUCCUUUCCAAAUAUAAACCAUUCACAUAUUUAGUGACAUGUUUCCAGAUUUAAAGUGCUGUUUUAACCUUGAUGGUAUCAAAGUACUAUUGAAAUGUAUGCAACAAGUAUAGAACGUGUUGAGAGAACCACAGAUGUUUUUGUUUUUGAACGGAUGGAUGGAUCGGUGACGUUCUUCAGUCUACUGACCUUCUUCAGACCUUCUGGACGAGCCCCGGCAUGUUUCUUCACCCAGCGCCCUAGAGGCUCUAAGUCGGAACACUUCUCUGAAAUGUCUGCAGACACAAUCUCAAAUACCGGGCUUAGGUCUUUUCCAUAGCGACGCUGUUGAUGUUGCUGUUGUUGUUGUUGUUGUUAUUAUUGUUUUUCCUUAUGUGUAUAGCGUCAAAAUGCUGCGCUGGAGCUUUUAAAAAAAUGUUUACUUUUUGUUACCUAAAGAUUUAAAAAAACAUUCCGCAGCAUUUGCUCCGUGGAUGGUUUUGUCUAAGAAGAAAAGUUCCCGAUGUUGUCUGGACUGUUCGGUCGGUGAAGGUUGAGCUGUGCCUUUUUUAAUCAGACGGUGAACAUUGAGCUGCGGUGCAGGACAACAUUAGUGAACGUUUAUAUGCAAUAUCAGCAUUUCAAUGCAACAUGUGUAGUGAAUGGGAGCUGUUGCUGAUGAAUCGAAGCUAUGUGAAAGUCUAAUGUGUUUUUGUUUUUCUGAUAUAUAUAUAUAUCAAUAAAGUAGUUUUGAAGAUUGAAAA